AUGGUCUCCGUCGACAGGGCCCUCGUGGGUGAGGACCCGGCGGCGGGCCCCCUCCCUCUGGCGAACGAGGUCCACGCGAAGGUCGUGCUCCACGACUCGCUGGGCAUCAUCCCGCAGGACUCGGCGCCGUUCAUGGUCUGGCGGGACCGUACACAGCUGCCGUGGGACGACGAGGAGGCGCAGGGCCUGCUCGAGCUUGACGACACCGCGCAGGGUGGGAUCCUGAACUCGGCCAGCUGGUUGGGUUUGCAGCCUGGGGGCCAGCACCUCAGGCCGGCGGGCAAUGGCCGCGUCCUUCUGCUCUGGGAGCACUUGCACCGCCACGUGGCGUUGCCGGCGGAGCCCGCGAUGCCGCUAGCCGCUGGGCACGUGCUGGACAUGUAG